AUGGCAACACAGAUUCAAAUGACGUGGUCCUCUGUUCUGUUAGCGACUUAUGGGCUUGCUCUUUUACUUGGCUCUCCUGUUGUGGGAUAUUUUUGCGACAAGUAUCGCACUCGGAAAGCACCACUAGUUUGUGGUUUCAUCGCCAUGGCCCUAGCGACCGUCCUAUUCAUCUCUGCAAGUAAUAUUUGGGUGCUGCUCACGGCUCGAGUAUGCCAGGGUCUGUCAGGUGCGGUCGUGGGAGUUCUAGGCUUGAGCAUGAUCGCCGAAACAUCCAGUCCGGAACAUCUGGGUUCGCAUAUGGCUUGUGGGUCGGCAUCGUUGACAUGGGGAAUGCUCUGUGGGCCGAUGACUGGUGGUUUCCUAUUUUCCCAAUUUGGCACUGUUGGUGCUUUCGGAGUCCCAAUGGCAUUGCUUGUGGUUGACAUUAUUCUGCGAAUGUUGAUUGUACAGGAGGAUGAAGAUGAAACAAAGCAUCAGGAGGAUUCUCCUCUCUUGGACAACAGCAUCUCCGACCAUACUUCGUUGAGCUUUUACCAUUUCUUGCAUCCAGUCAUGUUGGGGUUGAUAUUUUCUGUCCUCGUCAUUUCUUCUAUUUUAUCUGCCAUUGAAACGACGCUUCCACUAUAUGUACUCGACACAUACCAUUGGUCUAGUCUGGGCGCGGGACUCGUAUUCCUCCCAUUGACGAUACCAUCCGUCCUCAGUAUUCCAAUUGCCCACUUUGUAAGGCAUUUCAUGCCACGAACGGUUGUGGUGACUGGAUUCUUGUUGAUGGCAGUACCGAUGAUCUCCUUGCGGUGGACUGAAGCAAACACGGUCCACCAUGAAAUCGCCCUUAUUUCCUUGCUCUUUGUCGUCGGAGUCUGCCUCGCAACACUGCAAGCGAUUCUUAUGGGGGAUGUCUCCAAUGCAGUCCGGAAGAUUGAAAGCCUUCAAGGGAUCGCGGAAGAGAAUAGCAGUGGACUGGGACGAGCCUAUGCACUCUGUAACAUGGCAUUUGCUGCCGGUCAAACGCUUGGCCCGAUCGCUGGCGGAUUCAUAAAACGUGAAUUAGGCUGGGGAUUUAUGACGCUAGUCCUUGGGGUUCUAUGCUUGGUCGCUGGCCUUUUGUCGUUCUUUUCCAUGCUGACGGCCCCGCUUAAAGGCAAGAACAAGGUGAACGAGAACGAUGUGGAGAGGGUUUUGUACUAA